GUGAAUAUUGUGACCUCUAUUUCCACCACACAGGAGCUGAGCAAGACGUGUCCCCUCAUGAAUGGCAGAGGUGCAGGAAGUCAGGACAGCACGUGGAUCCUUCCCAACCUGCCCAGUAAGUGCACGUGGACAGCCACAACGCCUGCCAGCAAAUCUCCACACUCCUGUGUUCCCUUGACAGAAGAAAAGAAGAUCUUGCCCAAUAUCCUCAAGAAAAUUGGCUUCACCCCAAUGGUCCGAAUCAACAAGAUUGGGAAAUCCUUUGGGCUCAAGUGUGAGCUGUUGGCAAAAUGUGAGUACUUCAAYGCCGGGGGCAGCAUCAAAGAUCGCAUCAGCCUCAGGAUGGUGGAGGAUGCGGAGAGAGCCGGGAUUAUCAAACCAGGAGACACCCUGAUUGAACCCACUUCAGGGAACACAGGGAUCGGGCUGGCUCUGGUGGCUGCACUGAAGGGUUAUCGCUGCAUCAUCGUCCUGCCAGAGAAAAUGAGCAUGGAGAAGGUCGAUAUUCUGAAAGCACUGGGUGUUGAAAUUGUGAGGACCCCAUGCACCCGCUUUGAUGCCCCCGAGUCCAACAUUCGUGUUGCCUGGAAGCUGAAAAGUGAAAUCCCAAACUCUCACAUCCUGGACCAGUACCGAAAUCCGAGCAACCCCCUGGCUCAUUACGACACCACGGCUGAGGAGAUCCUGGAGCAGUGUGAAGGGAAGGUGCACAUGGUGGUGAUUGGGUCUGGCACAGGAGGCACCAUCACUGGUGUGGCCAGGAAGCUGAAGGAGAAGUGCCCGGAGUGCAAGAUCAUUGGCGUGGACCCUGAUGGCUCCAUUGUUGCUCUGCCCAGCGAGAUGAACAAGACUAACACCACAACCAUYGAGGUGGAGGGAAUUGGGCACGACUUCAUCCCUACUGUCCUUGACAGAUCAGUGGUCGAUCAGUGGUACAAAAGCAACGACAGAGACUCAUUCCUCAUGUCCCGCAGGCUGAUCAGGGAGGAGGGGUUGUUGUGUGGUGGCAGCUCAGGCAGUGCCAUGUCCGUGGCCGUGAGAGCUGCCAAGGAUUUGAAGGAAGGUCAGCGCUGCGUCGUCAUCCUGCCCGACUCCGUCAGGAACUACAUGUCCAAGUUUGUGAAUGAUAAGUGGAUGAUAAAAAAUGGGUUCCUAAAUGACGUCCAGGAGCACAAGCCUUGGUGGUGGAACAUCAAGGUGCAGAAACUGAAUCUCUCGGCCCCUCUCAUUCUCCUCCCUGAAGUCAGCUGUCAAAAGGCAGUUGAGAUCCUCCAGGAGAAGGGAUAUGACCAAGCUCCUGUUGUUGCUGAGUCAGGGCUUAUUUUGGGAAUGGUGACCCUCAGCAACACGCUGACUUCCGUGCUGGCCGGAAACGCAGAGUUCUCAGACCCUGUCACAAAGGUCACCUACGACCAGUUCUCAAAGAUCGGCCUGGAGGACAGCCUGGGGAAGCUUUCCUGCAUCCUGGAGAACGACCACUUCGCUAUCGUAGUACACGAGCAAAUGCAGUUCAAUGGAAAUGGCAGCUCCUUCAUGAAGGAGAUGGUGUUUGGUGUGGUCACAGCCAUGGACCUCCUCACCUUUGUCAGCAGGAAUGACAAGAAGUAGCAGAGCAGCUCAGCUGCCCACACCUCCUCCAGCAGGUCCAGGUGUGCCCCUGAGCCCAAACCAGGAGCCUCUGGCCCCACCCAGCCAACAGUUCCUCAAAAUGCCUCGGUGAAAAUAGUAAUGUAUUGUAUUUGUCUGCCAAAUGCCACCCACUGAAAUGUCACUAAA